AUGGGUGUUGAAGUUGUUGAAGUAAUGUGUACAGAAAUGGUGAAACCAUCGUCUCCUACACCUCAACAUCUUCGUCAUUACCAUCUCUCCUUCCUCGACCAGCUCAGUAUGCAAAUCAACAAUUCUAUGGUCUAUUUCUUCAAUGCCGAUGAUGUCGCAAACAAAUUUAAGAUCAAUGAAGCUUCCCAUGUUCUCAAGAAAUCGUUGUCUCAAGUCUUAACUCAUUUCUACCCGCUCGCCGGAAGACUCAUAACCGACAAGUUACUCGUAGAUUGCAACGAUGAGGGUGUCCCUUAUGCAGAAACCAGAGUAAGGUGCCGCCUCAGCGACGUCAUCGACAACCCCUCUCCGGCCGACGUCAACAAGCUGCUUCCCUACGACAUGGAUGAAAUCGUCGACACCGUCCUAGGCGUCCAAUUCAACGUCUUCGAUUGCGGCGGAAUAGCCGUCGGAGUAUGCGUCUCCCACAAGGUCGGCGAUGCGCUAUCUUUCUUCCAGUUCAUCAACGCCUGGGCUGCCAUGACACGUGGCGAACCAGAACCAAUCAAAACCCACUUGCAAUCUUUCUCACUCUUCCCGCCAAAAGACAUGUCGGGAUCCGACCCGAAUUCAGCCAUCGGGAAGCACAAAAUCGUGGGAAAGAGGUUCGUAUUUGAAGCAUCCGUAAUAGAAUCUCUAAGAACAGAAUAUUCCAGGAUGGUCAAAGAAAGCCAGAAACCUCCUUCAAGAAUAGAAGCGUUAUCAACUUUCAUAUUCAACCGGAUCAUUGCUGCCACAAAAGAAAACGAAGAAGUGAACAAAAAGAAUCACUUAGUAACAUUCGUAAUGAACAUACGCCCAAGAAUGGAGCCUCCGUUGCCAGAAUUUGCGUUCGGCAACUAUUACUUGUAUAGUGAAGCUUUCCCAACGUUAAACGAGAAAGGAGAGUGUAACGACCUAGGAAGACAUCUAAGAGAAGAGCUAAACAAAGUAGACAAGGAUUUUAUUAUGAAACUUCGAGAACGUGAAGGAUUGAGCACUUUGCCACAGAUAGAAGAGAUUGAUAAAGCAGUCGAGAAGGGUGAGAUAGUGCGGUUUCAUUUUACAUCAAUUUGUAGGUUUCCAGUUUACGAGGUUGAUUUUGGAUGGGGCAAUCCGACAUGGGCAGGACCACCAACGUGGAAAUUCAAGAAUGUUAUUAUUUUCAAAGACACCAAGUCAGGUGGUGGCAUUGAAGCGUAUGUGAACUUGACAGAGGAAGACAUGGCUAAAUUUGAACGUGACGAGGAGUUUCUUGCUCAUGUUUCAACAAAAGGGUUGAAAUAA